GACCCACUGGGAGAGAGGCGGAGGUGGGUAGCCGAGACUGGGAGAGUCUGAGAAGGAGCUGGAGACAGCCUGGGCUGAGCCGACCCACACAGUUGCAGGUUCGGAUCUUUGGGUACUCCGGGAGCUGCUCUCCAGCCCCUGCUUCUGAACCUAUGGAUUCUCCAUCUAGCGUUUCUUCCCGUUCUUCCUACUCUCUUUCUUCCUCUUUUUCCACCUCCCCAGUGAACAGUGACUUUGGCUUCCCCUCUGAUAGUGAGGGGGAGGACAAGGGGGCCCUUGGCCCCAGGCCAGACACUGUUGGGCAGAAGGGAGGUUCUCGGCCCAGCCCCGGUCCUAUCCGCUGCAGGCAACGACCCAAGGUUUCCAGUAACCAACAUACAGCAUCUCACUCGGAACAGCGGGGAUUGGCUUCUCCUAUGGCAGGCUCUGGGGUCAAAAGACCAAGAGAUGGUGAAUUGGACACCAGUCUAAACAUCCAGGGUUGUACCACAGAAGGAGACCUGCUCUUCGCUCAGAAGUGCAAAGAACUCCAAGGAUUCAUACGCCCUCUCACAGACCUACUGAAUGGGCUGAAGAUGGGUCGCUUUGAAAGAGGAUUGAGCAGUUUCCAGCAGAGUGUGGCAAUGGACAGAAUCCAGCGUAUUGUAGGUGUUUUGCAGAAGCCACAGAUGGGAGAGCGUUAUCUAGGGACACUGCUACAGGUAGAAGGGAUGUUAAAGACUUGGUUUCCUCAUAUAGCUGCCCAGAAGUCAUCAUUGGGUAGUAGCAGACACCAGCUGACCAAGCAUUUUCCAAGCCACCACAGUUAUCCAGCUGCUUCCUCUCCUGCACCUCCCAUGGAAAAGAUGGACCAGACACAGCUAGGACAUCUAGUAUUGAAACCAAAGCAGCCUUGGCACUUCCCUCAAUGGCCAGCUAUGAACCUCACUUGGAUCCACACCACUCCAAUUUGCAACCCCCCUCUCAGUUCCCCAGGUACCAUCUCCUUUAGCCAUAAUCCUUUAGGCACUGGAACCAGCAUUGGAGUCAUCCUUUUCCUCCAGCAUGGAGUGCAGCCCUUCACCCACUCUGCCCCAACCAUUCCAGUUCUACCUACUACAGCAUCUUCUGUCAUCCCUUGUGAUCCUAAGAAACUAUCAGGAGAGGGGCCUCAUUGCCACAGUUUGCCAGUAACUCUGCCAUCAGACUGGAGCUGUACCCUGUCCUCUCCUGGUCUACCCACCAUGGCCAGAGAGAUAACCAUGGGAUACCUAGAGCAGAUGAGAAGCCAUCCUCCAAUUGCUCCUGAUGUCCAUCCUCUCAACCCCUAAUUCAGGACUUGAGACUGUAGUUUAUAAUUUGUAUAAAUAUAUGUCUACCUGUA